AUGGGCGGGGCGCCCGGGGUCGGGAAGGGCGCCCCUGUGCGCGCGAUCAUCCGGCCACCCUCGCCGGAGGUCUUUAGCGCAAAAACUGAGGCGGAGGUUUACGAACGGGCUGCCGCGGCAGCCACCUUCGCUGCAUUUCAGCACAGCCAGCGAGGGAAAGGGCUGAGAAGAUCCUCCGAGGAAGCUUCCACCUCUUGCCUUUCUCCUCUCGCUGAUGAGGGUGCGGGCGGGGGGCCAGUCUCACGUCAGGGGCCGGUCCCUCACCUCCCCAGCGUGUUUGACGUCUUUAGCCUACGGGAGACAACACUGGGGGGGAGCAUGGAGCAUUCCACCUCUCUGCGAUCAAACGGCUCGACACGGAUGCGCGAUGGCGCGCUGACGAUGAUGGAGAUGCUAAGGAAUCGCCCGGAUGUGGUGCUUCCAUCGCCAUCGGGGGUCACCGCCGCCCGGAACGGCGAUGUGCUCUCCGCAAAGCAUGUUCUUGUAGUGGAUUUGUGGGAUGCGCUACAUAGUCACCAUGACCCUGUCGGCAUCUUCGCCGCCGCACCUUACUUCCGCAUCGCACCGAAGCUUGGCAUUGCCGGUGUCUCGCAGGCAAACGCGAGUGCUGUGCGCGCGAUUUUCAACCAAAUCAGCCGUACACACUUCGAUGGGCCCCUUGUUUGGAUCAAUCUGCGUGAUGAGCCUCUGAUUUACAUCAGUGACGCUGCAUAUAUCGUGCGGUCGCGUAGCGACCCGCUCAAAUCCCACAUCAUCCCGAACGUUACCGGGCGCAGCAUUGAAAUGAUUGAGGAUAAACUGAAGCAGGAGGUGCUCCGCGAGGCGCGCGAGAACGGCGGCAACAUCAGCGUUCAAGUAGAAGUCAAGGAUGGGGUGGUGGUAGAUCAGUGGACGAGCGCUCACUCAGGAAAUGUCCAAACUCUCGCGGAGGUCUUCCGAAGCUUAGCACUCGAACACCGCGUGAAUCAGCUCCAUUAUUACCGUCUUCCUAUCACGCAGAACAUCGGACCAAAGACGGAGGACUUUGACUUUGUGCUAUCUGCCUGCCUGGAGGAGCCGAAAGCGGUGAUGGUGUUUAACUGCCAGACCGGGCGCGGCCGCAGCAGUGCGAUGAUGCAGAUCGCUAGCAUUGUGCGCUUUUAUCAAAUGUGCGUGAAGGAUAUCUCGGCGGAUGUGCGGGUGCUGCGCGGUAACACCAAAGCGCCCGCGUUUCGUACAAUUCAGAAGCUGAUCUCGCUCUUUCCAGACGGUAAACUGCACGAGCGGCGGGUGAACAUCCUGAUGGACUUCACCGACAGCUUCUACUCCAUGGCAGACCACAUCAACGAGGCUUUUGUGAGUUUAGAAACCGACCCUGAGGAGGCGAUGAUGCGACUUCAGCAGUACGCCCUUUUCCUCGCGUUCUCGUGCUACUGCGAGCAACGGUUGUGGAACUUCGCGACGAAGGAGUCCUUCACCGAGUGGCUGCACGGGAAUGCGGAUAUGGAAUUGCUCAUCCUCAGCAUCCGCAACAAGCUCGACGACCAGCUUCGCGAGGAGCAGAUCCAUUUGAGCACGGCAAGCGGCAGGACUGCCGAGGAGACCGAGGCUACCCACAUCAUCCGACACCGCCACGGCAACGUGCUGAGCUCGGGCCGCAUUUUAUGUUGCCUUCCGAUCCGCAGCCUCGAGAGGGAUGGCUGCACUCUACGGCAGCUUGCCCCAGGCGUUCCUGUCUUCACCUGCGCGCGGCUGAGUGCGGCGGAUCGGCUGACACUCGUUCGCGAGAUUCGCGCAGCGUUCCCCGCAGAGGAUAGGCGUCCGCAGCGCUUUCACUGGCUGAGCCUGCGCGCGGAGCCGAUGGUGAUGAUCAACGAUCUUGGCUACACCCUCACCGAAUUCAACGCGCCGCCGACGAUGACGGAGAACGGCACCACGAUGCACAUCUCCUGGCAAGCGAUUGAGCAAAUCGAGGACCGCCUUCGCCGGGAUGCGCUUCUCGAGGCGCAGGGCUACGGCGGCUACCUUCUCCUCCACCACGUCGACGAGGAGGGGAAUCGCACCUUUGAGAAGGUGAAGGUUUGCUCCGUUCGUACGUUGCGCUCGAACAUGGAGGACUUCGCGCGGGAGUGCAAUAUCCUUUACCACCGCGUGCCGAUCCCCUUCUCAGGACAGAUGCUCGCCACUGACAUCGAUCCGCUCAUGCGCUUUUUAUCCGAGUGCGAUGACAGUCAGGAGGAUAUCUUCUUUAUCAAUGACCCGGAGGGCAGCACACGCGCGUCGGUGGUGCUUAAUAUGGUCGCGCUUUACCGUGCCUCUCGGAUUUGUGAUCUGCGGAGUUUGCAGUCUCCGCAGGAUUUUAUCCGGAUUCUCCGCGUUGGGGCCUCCGAAACGGUGGUGCACUAUGCGACCCUUUCAAGCGCUGCGCCAGAGGCCGGGGAGACCGCGCCGCCGAACAUCGAGGUGCUGCUGGCUUCCACCAUCUGCCAGAUGCUGACGGCGGGGACGCUUUUGAACACGGUGAAUGCCGCCAUCACGCUUGGCGGGAGCGGCCCGCGAUACAACAUUCUUCACCUCCUUGACGGCCUCAAGAAGCGCAUGACGCUUGUCGGGGUGAACCGUCCGCAGUGCGUGCUCAACGCUCUCUACUGCCUGCGAUGCUACCUACUGGUGCUGCUGAGCUCGCUUUAUCUGGACGAGCAGGGCGCCUACGCGACGCCGAUCCCGUUCAGCGUGUGGGUCUCCGACCAUACGGAGGUGAAUCACAUCAUCAAGGGCCUCGCCGACCGCGGGGAGGCCGCGCUGAAGUAUGUUCCCACGGAGAAUUUGAUGCGGGCGGACGUCUCGCGCCGCAGCGGCGAGGUGCUGACGGCGAAUUUCUGCCUCAAAGCGGAUCACUUCCCGGGCUGCCAGAAGAAGGGGCUCCGGCCGACCAUCUGCGGCGCGCCGAACUUCCGAAAGGUCGACUUUGUCAACGUCUACGGGGUGGCGAUGCCGACCCUGUUCGGGCUGCACAAUAUUCUCACCAUCCUUGGGGCCUCCGAGGAGCCCCUGGCGGUUUAUCAGGGGCAGUCGAACGACAGCGAGGCCUUCCGCGCCUUCGCAGCCCCGAGGCUUUUCGACCGGGGCUUCCGCGCCGAGGAGCUUCAGCGCCCGCUGCGGGGUUCCGUUGUGUGGGUAAACCUCCGCGAGGAGCCGAUUCUCUACGUCGGGGACCGCCCCUUCGUUUUCCGCGACCUCGGCUCGCCCUAUGUCAACGUCGAGCUCACCGGCAUCCACACUAGCAAAAUCGCCCAGGUCGAGGCCCAGCUGAAGCUCGACGUCCUGAACGAGGCGACGGUCUACGGCGGGAAGUUCCUCGUGCACGACGAGGUUGUCCCGGGCGAACUCGUUGGGAUUUGGGAAACCGCGAACGAGGCCACAGUGAAGACGCUCUGGGAGGUCUAUGCGGAGCUCGAGGCGAAAGGCUUUUGCUGCCAUAUGCUCCGCCUUCCCGUCACGGACGAGCAGAGCCCGGCGAUCGGGAACUUCGACGAGCUCGUCGCCGCGCUUUUACCGCACAUCACCGAACACAUCGACCGCCGUGAGACGCUGUCGUUUGUGUUUAAUUGCCAAAUGGGCCGCGGCCGCACGACAACCGGGAUGGUCAUUUGCUGCCUUCUCGUCGGGCUCGUAAUGCCGGAGUACUACGAGGAGCUGCAGGGGAGUUAUGGCUUCAACCCGCUCUACCGCGACGACGCCGCGGCGGAGCUGUGGAAUGGGAACUACGAAGUCAUUGUUCAGCUUAAACGGGUGCUGCCUCUCGGGCGCCAGGCGAAGCUGCGGGUCGAUCUCGUCAUCAACUCCUGCGCGAUGAUGCAGAACCUGCGCACCACCAUCGAGAGCUUCGUCGAGGCGGCGCGCUCGCCUGAUAACAACGAAGUCACCCGCGCCCACGCCCACCACGCCGGCGUUCAUUAUUUAAUUCGCUAUUUUAACCUCAUUGCGUUUGAGGUCUACCUUGAAGAGUGCUACGACCGAACCCGACGGCGGAUGACCAUCACGUUUGAGGAGUGGAUGCGGCAACGUCCAGAGCUUGGCAGUUUGUCAGCCACUGCUCCUUUGCGUUGA